GGAGCGCCCUGGGCAGCAGGAGCACAGGUCAGGGCUGUGGGCCAGUGAGAGGCCCCAGGAGCUGUGUCCCGUUCCUGCCCUGGCAGCACGGGCUGCGCGAGCUGCAGCUGCGCGCGGGAGCGCCUUGAGCCGGAUCCUUCCGCAGGUUAAUGAUCACCCCGCGCCUCCUGCGCCCUGCCCCGCGUGGGGAGCGAGUGCUGGAGCCCAGGGGAGCAGGAGGAUGCUGCUGCUGCUGCUCCUGGCUCUGCUGGGCCCCGCUGGCUGCCCCAGGACGGAGCACCUGAGUGGCUCCAGCCAGGAGCCGCCGUUCCGCGGCGCCGACCGCUACGACUUCGCCAUCGUCAUCCCUGGCGGCAGCGUGGAGUGCUUCUGGCAGUUCUCGCACCAGGGCGGCAACUUCUUCUUCAGCUACGAGGUCCAGCGGGCGACGGGGAUUGGCAACAGCAGGAACGUCCUGGUGACAGCGAGUGAUCCCAAUGGCUUCCAGCUUGGAGAGUCCCAGGACGUGCGAGGCCAGAUCAACUUCCUCACCCAGGACACAGGUUUCUACCAGCUCUGCCUGGACAACCAGCAAAACCACUUGGGCUUCAUGCAGGUGUACCUCAACUUCGGUGUGUACUACGACGACUUCAGCAUGGAGCACCAGCAGCCAGCAGAGAGGAAGGAGCUGAACGACACGCUGGAGGCAAUUGGGGUGAGCAUCCAGAGGCUGCAGGUCCACAUCUUCCACAUCUGGCGCUUCUACAACUUUGCCCGGAUGAGGAAAGGGGCCGACUCCUUCCUCCUGGAGUCCAACUACAACUACGUCAACGGGUGGUCGAUGGCCCAGAGCUGUGUCAUCGUCCUCUCCGGGCUGCUGCAGCUCUGCUUCCUCAAGCGCCUCUUCCACGGGCAAACCUCGGGCAGCCAGAAGUGCUAGGGCAGGGCAGGGACCCCCCUGCAGGGCAUGGGGACCUGGCUGCCACCCUGUCCCACCACGGAGUAGGAGCAAAGGCUGGAUUCCGCUUCCAGGAGGAGGCUGGAGAGCUCCCCCUGCUCCUGCCUCAUCUCCAGCCCUGGCAUCAUCCAGGGAAAAGUCAAAGGCUGCACUGUCACCUGAAUUCUGUGUGCUGUGCGGGUUUGUCACAUCCCUACCCAUUGUUAGUGUCUUAAUGGGCCUUGUCUACCAGACUCCAAAUAAAGGAACCCCUGGCAGAGUCCAGGCAAUGCCUGCUGCCUUCCAGCCUCUGAGAGUAGAAAAUGCUGGGCACUCCCUCCCUGAAACUCACCCUCAGACUCUGAGGCUCCCCCCAACCUCAUCAAUCCCCCCAGACACACCCCAGUGUGUCACAUUGCCCACAGGAGGAGCGAGGACUCGCUCCCCCAGACCUCCACAGCAGACAAGAGGCACUGAGAAAAGGAUCAGGCUUUAUGUGACAGGGCUGGGGCCGGGGCACCUCCUCCCGCGCUGGCAGCAGCCCCCUGAGGGCUCUGGGGCUCUGAGCUGGCAGCUCCCCACGUCUCCAUCCCACUCGGGGUGGGCUUCCCGCAGCCAGGGGAAGGACAGAGUCCGUUCCAGCCCGAACACUCACAGAGCACGAGGGUCCCCUGGGGUCCCUGAGGUCCCUUAUGUCAGCGUCUCCUCGUUCCGCACGUACUCGCCGACGUCGGCCUGGUGGAA